AUGACGGGUAGAGGAGGGUUUCUAUUCCUUCUUGGCUUGUUCAUAUUAUCCAUGUUCGAGGUUUUCGUGAAAGCACAUUCUGAAGAUGAACACGAUGCCGACGAGUUCCGCAAGGAAUUUGGAGAUGAGCCACAGCAUGACAGUUUUAGCCAAGGAACAAAGGAGGAGCACAUCGAAGUGCGAGAUGGUCCUCAAUUUGGUAGUGUCAAGCAAAAACCGCUCGUAAGAAGAUCGCUUCCCACUUUGAAAUUCUUGUUCUGUGUUUCAUGCGGUUACAAGCAAGCGUACGAACAGUUCUCGAUGGCAGUUCGCGAAAAAUAUCCCGAAAUGCCUAUUGAAGGCAGUAAUUAUCCACCAGCCAAGUGGAAGGAAUACCUAGCACAUGCCAUCAACAUUCUAAAAAUAACUGCAAUAGCGGCCAUCGUCAGUGGCAGUAAUCCAUUCCAACUUAUCGGCCUUGGCGAACCCUCUAUUAUGCAGUGGGCUCACUCCAAUAAGAUCUCUGCCUGUAUGAUGCUGUUCCUAUUGACGAACAUGGUCGAGAGCGCUCUUAUGUCAACUGGAGCUUUUGAAAUCUACCUUGACAAGGACCAGAUCUGGAGCAAGCUGGAGAGCGGUCGCGUUCCUUCACCACAGGAACUGAUACAGAUGAUCGAUUCCCAGUUGGAGUUAACUGGAAGGGGUUACCUGGGCGGUGCUGGUUUUGGUGACUUUAACCAAUAA